ACAGCCCUUUUUCUCACACUGACGAGCCACAGGCAUGAAGACAGCGAGUCAGUGACUGUCUGGGUUUUUCUGCUGCAUGCAUUUGAUUUGGCAUUCCAGAAAGAGCUGAUCACCACGGGAACUAAUGAAGCUCAGAUGAGUACGAUUUUUCAAUUUGCAGUUUCUCACCACAUUAGUCAAAAAUAUAAAGCGUGCACAUAUUUUCCACAUCAGUCCAUGUAAAUGUAGUGAUAUAAGGGGAUAAAAAUGAGAGAAUCGAUAAAACUUCUCACCAGCAACAGACCACCUCACACGGUCCUGAUCCCUCUGUGUCCCUCCUAUAGAGCGAUUUGGGUUGGCGACCCGAGGCCAAACGUCUUUUGCUCCUGAUGACCGACCAGCCGUCCCACCUCGCCCUGGAUAGCCGGGUGGCAGGGAUAGUGACGCCUAACGACGGCCUGUGUCACCUGGAGAACAAUGUCUACACAGGUAGCACGAGGCAGGAUCAUCCCAGUUUGGGUCAAUUGUCUGAUAAACUGCUUGAAAACCAUAUGUACUUGAUCUUUGCCGUGGAGAAGCAGCAGUACAAGUGGUACGAGGCAUUGGUGCAUUUACUUCCUGGCUCCUACCUGGGAAGGUUAGGCCUUUUCCAGGCUCCAAACCUCAUCGAGCUGGUGGUGGACGCAUACAAGAAGUUGUUGUCGGAGGUGUCAGUAUCAGUGUCACUGGAGGACAAGGCAGUCAGCAGGUACUGGGUGUCUGUUUCUCCUCUCUGUCCCAAUGGAUCCACGGCGAAGGACCAGAGCUGCUCGGGGGUGCAGCCGGACCAGACGGUCUACUUCAAUAUCACCAUCGGCAUGCACUCUUGUCCCGACAAUGGGGAAGAUGAAGAUGUAAAAGUGGUGGUUCGACCAGUGGGUUACAACGAAUCCACCGUGGUUAGGAUCCACUCUAAAUGCGCCUGCAGUUGUGGAUCAACGAGGCGCUGCAAUGACGAAAGCCAAUCACCAUGCAGAGAAACACAAGGGAGCACCAAUCAGGAGCAGAAGCCGCAAAACGGACUAAUUCAAAACUCUGACAGAGAUUCAAACUGGAAUUGCCGAGCGGAUGGGUCAGAUAUGGACUGCAGUGGUCGGGGAGUGUGUGAUUGUGGAAGAUGUUUGUGUGAUGAGACCAGGCUUGGGACAAUUUAUGGGAAAUACUGCGAGAGAGACGAAUUCUCCUGCCCGUACGAAGGGGGGUUGAUAUGUGGAGGUCGUGGUGUGUGUGUGUCAGGUGAGUGUGUGUGUGAAGACGGCUGGACAGGUGAUAGCUGUAGUUGUCCCGUCUCCACAGCAACCUGCCAAUCAGCCAACGGCUUGAUUUGCAGCGGCCAGGGCUCGUGUGUGUGCGGCAAGUGUGUGUGUGAUGACCCGCGACAAACUGGAGACUUCUGUGAGAGAUGUCCUGCCUGCCAAAGCACCUGCCAAUCAUACUGGAAGUGUGUUGACUGCCACCUGUCUCACGGCCUCACUCAUAAAGAGGCGGGACAUUGCAACAGCACGUGUGAAUCAUUGGUGGGCUACAGGGAUGAUGUUCUAGGCCAAGCAGGGGAGAAGUGGAUUCAGUGUAUGUACAUCAGCAAUGACAGCUGUCGCUAUCGCUUCCAAACAAGCUCUCAGUCCGGUCAGACGCAGCUUCACAUAAGCACAAGAGCAGGUACAAU